UGUGGGUUUCCGCGAAUUCUGAAAGAACCGUAGUUCGCGAGCUUAGGCGGGACCAUGCUGACUCGGCUGAAAGCAAAAUCAGAGAGAAAGCUUGCAAAACAGAUAUGCAGAGUUGUGUUGGAUCAGUUUGACAAACAGUAUUCCAAAGAACUUGGGGAUUCCUGGAAUACAAUAAGGGAUAUUCUAAUAUCUCCAUCACUGUGGCAAUAUGCUGUCCUCUUCAACCGAUUCAAUUAUCCUUUUGAACUGGAAAAAGACUUAUAUUUGAGGGGCUAUCGAACCCUUCAAGGCUCUUUACCAUAUUAUCCUAAAUCAAUGAAGUGCUACCUCAGCCGAACUCCAGAUCGAAUGCCUUCAGAACGACAUCAGACUGGAAACUUGAAAAAGUACUAUCUCCUCAAUGCUGCUUCUCUUCUGCCAGUCCUGGCUCUGGAACUGAGUGAUGGGGAGGCAGUCCUGGACUUGUGUGCCGCUCCUGGGGGCAAAUCCGUAGCUCUGCUGCAGUGUGCAUAUCCAGGUUAUCUUCUUUGUAACGAAUAUGAUAGCUUGAGAGUGAGAUGGCUGAGACAGACAUUGGAAUCUUUCAUCCCACAACCUUUGAUAAAUGUAAUUAAAGUGUCGGAAUUGGAUGGCAGAGCUAUGGGAGAUGCCCAGCCUGAAACAUUUGACAAGGUGUUGGUUGAUGCUCCAUGUUCAAAUGAUCGAAGCUGGCUCUUUUCCUCGGACUCUCAGAAAGCUGCGUGUAGGAUCCAGCAAAGGAACAAUUUGCCUGUCCUCCAGGUAGAACUCUUAAGGUCUGCAAUUAAAGCGUUACGUCCUGGAGGGCUACUUGUGUACUCCACAUGCACACUUUCCAAGGCUGAAAAUCAAGACGUGAUCAGUGAAGUCUUAAGUUCUGACAGUAACAUCAUGCCUGUGGAUAUUAGCGGGAUAGCAAGAACUUGCUCCCAAGACUUCACAUUUGCUCCCAGUAACCAGAAAUGCAGCCUUUUGGUGAUUCCUGAAAAGGGCAAAGCUUGGGGCCCAAUGUAUAUAGCCAAACUGAAAAAACAAAAAAAAUCAUGAGUAUAGGAAAAUGGCACCAUGAAUUUUGUAAGCCGUGUUGAUAUGUUAUUAUAUGUAUAUUUUCUGAGCUUACCACAUGUUAGUAUGUAAAUACUUACAGUCACUUUCCCUAGGACCAUUUAGAAUCCUCUUUAGUUAGUACUUCAGCCUCAAAGAUUAGGCUUAAGAAAUUUUCAGGUAUAAUUUUGUUCCACCAAACUUAUCUAUAGUAAUGAUUUAAAGUGGGACAUAUGGUAUCGUUUGUGUAUAAUAAAUUUUUGUUUUUUUAAUUGGGAUUUUAUAGUUAACUAGAAUACAUGGAUCUGAGCAUAAAAUGUUUAAGACUGUAUUCUAAAACAUGGGUGUUUUAUCCUUCAAAAAUGUGUAUUUGCCAAUCCUCUUAACCAUUUCCUCAUCAAAUGUGUAGAUACUUUUUGUGAAAACAAUUGGUACACCAAGGCUAACUUCUUAAGCAGCACAACUUUCUAGUUCUAGCAAAAUAAGUUUCUUAUUUGCAAAGUUGUUUUGUGUUAAGGACUGUCUUCUGUUUACUGCAAAGGUCAGUGACUCUAUUGACACCAGCUUUAUUUCUCCCCAUUUUCUUUUAUUCACAAAUAGAAAUUGAAAGGGUAAAUUAUGUUGAAAGGCCUUUAGAACAGCAGAUUCAUAUGCACGGGUUUGACUUUCGACAUUCAGCUUGUAGAAUAAUGGAAUCUAUCCAGCAGGCUAUAAAGCAAGCACUUGAAGCAAACCCAGAAUGAUUAAUAACGGCAAUAACUGAACUAUAUUUGGAGUGUUUUCUUACAUAAUUGCAGUCAUAAUGAGUACUACAGAAUCUGAUUAUCUUACAGUUGCAAUCUGGAGGGGCUUUUUAUUUCACUUGGUUAUAAAAUGUUAUAUGAGAGUGUGAUGUCACAUAUUAAUGUAGAAGAGGAAGUUGUCUAAUGAGAGUCAAUUACCCGUUACCAAGACCCUAAACCAUUCACUGAAUGGCUCUCUCUAUUUAGUCAUAUCUCAUGAGUUUUG